CCCUCUCUUUCACCCGGCCUCGCUCCCUCCGUCCUUCUUCGUUUUUCUAUCUCCCUCCCUUCCCGGCUUCCCCAACCACCAGCCCUUCCUCCCAGGGCGAGCCCGAAGAUGAAAGACCAGAGGGGAGAAAGUUAACGAAAUCGCCCACAUGCGCUGCAUCAGCCCGAGCUUUUGGGAAAGGAAAUCCGAGAAGGUGGGAGAAGAGAGUUUAAAGUCUUGGCAGGCGGGAAAAUGGCGGACUCAAGCUGAAAGUGUCACUUGGCAAAGUUGGGCGAGCUUUGUGUUCAUCCUCGACGAUCCCCUUGACCCAGAUAGGACACAUGCAGGCCAAAAAACGCUACUUCACCCUCCUCUCGGCUGGCACUUUCGUCGUCCUUCUCUUCUACUUCGGCGGCUUGCAGUUCAGAGCAUCCAGGAGCCAAAGCAGGCGAGAGGCGCGCACUAACAGCGGCAAGAAUGGCUUGCAGCGCCCCGAACGCUACUGGCCCCGAUUCCCGGACGCCCUGCGCCCUUUCCUGCCUUGGGAUCAGCUGGAGAGCGAGGAUUACAACCGGCACGCUUCCCCUCGCCAGAAGCGCGACGCCAACGCCGGCGUCUACAAGGGCAAGAAGUGCCGCAUGGAGUCCUGCUUCGACUUCGCCCUUUGCAAAAAAAACGGCUUCAAGGUCUACGUCUACCCGCAACAGAAAGGGGAGAAGAUCGCCGAGAGUUACCAAAACAUCCUGGCCGCCAUCGAAGGCUCCCGCUUUUAUACUUCGGACCCCAGCCAAGCUUGCCUCUUCGUCCUCGGCUUGGACACCUUAGACCGAGACCAGCUCUCCCCUCAGUACGUGCACAACCUGCGCUCCAAAGUGCAAAGCCUCCAUUUGUGGAACAACGGGAGGAAUCAUUUAGUUUUUAACUUAUAUUCCGGCACCUGGCCUGACUACACCGAGGACGUGGGUUUCGACAUUGGCCAGGCCAUGUUGGCCAAAGCCAGCAUCAGUACGGAAAACUUCCGGCCCAAGUUUGACGUCUCCAUCCCUCUUUUUUCUAAAGAUCACCCAAGGACAGGAGGAGAGAGAGGCUCCUUGAAGUUUAACACCAUCCCCCCUCUGAGGAAGUAUAUGUUGGUGUUCAAGGGGAAAAGGUACCUAACUGGGAUAGGAUCAGACACCAGGAAUGCCUUAUAUCAUGUCCAUAAUGGGGAAGAUGUUGUCCUGUUGACUACCUGCAAGCAUGGCAAAGAUUGGCAGAAGCACAAGGAUGCUCGGUGUGAUAGGGACAACGCCGAGUACGAAAAAUAUGAUUAUCGUGAAAUGCUGCACAAUGCCACUUUCUGUCUGGUCCCCCGUGGCCGGAGGCUUGGAUCCUUCAGGUUCUUGGAGGCCCUGCAGGCUGCCUGUAUUCCUGUGAUGCUCAGCAACGGAUGGGAACUUCCAUUCUCUGAGGUGAUUAAUUGGAAUCAAGCUGCCGUCAUAGGAGAUGAGAGAUUGUUAUUACAGAUCCCUUCUACAAUCAGGUCUAUCCAUCAGGAUAAAAUCCUAGCACUUAGACAGCAGACACAGUUCUUGUGGGAGGCUUAUUUUUCUUCAGUUGAGAAGAUUGUAUUGACCACACUAGAGAUUAUUCAAGACAGAAUAUUUAAGCACAUAUCCCGUAACAGUUUAAUAUGGAACAAACAUCCCGGGGGGUUGUUUGUACUGCCACAGUAUUCAUCAUAUCUGGGAGAUUUCCCUUACUAUUAUGCUAACCUAGGAGUCAAGGCCCCAUCCAAAUUCACCGCCGUCAUCCAUGCAGUUACUCCUCUGGUGUCCCAAUCUCAACCUGUGUUGAAACUCCUGGUUGCAGUCGCCAAAUCCCAGCACUGUGCUCAGAUCAUUGUCUUAUGGAAUUGUGAUAAGCCCCUCCCUGCCAAGCAUCGCUGGCCUGCCACUGCUGUGCCUGUCAUUGUUAUCGAAGGAGAAAGCAAGGUGAUGAGCAGUCGCUUCCUGCCCUAUGAGAACAUUGUCACGGAUGCUGUUCUAAGCCUCGAUGAAGAUACGGUGCUUUCAACCACUGAGGUGGAUUUUGCCUUCACUGUCUGGCAGAGUUUCCCAGAGAGGAUUGUGGGUUAUCCUGCCCGCAGCCACUUUUGGGAUAACACGAAGGAGAGGUGGGGCUACACAUCGAAAUGGACUAAUGACUAUUCCAUGGUAUUGAGUGGAGCUGCUAUUUACCACAAAUAUUAUCACUACCUGUACACUCAUUACCUGCCUGCUAGUCUGAAGAACGUGGUGGACCAACUAGCCAAUUGUGAAGACAUUUUAAUGAACUUUUUGGUGUCCGCUGUGACAAAAUUGCCUCCCAUCAAAGUAACACAGAAGAAACAGUACAAGGAAACCAUGAUGGGACAGACUUCCAGAGCUUCUCGGUGGGCUGAUCCAGAUCAUUUUGCUCAGAGGCAAAGCUGCAUGAACACUUUUGCCAGCUGGUUUGGCUAUAUGCCGCUGAUCCAUUCUCAGAUGAGGCUCGAUCCCGUGCUCUUUAAAGAUCAGGUCUCCAUCCUGAGGAAGAAAUAUCGAGACAUUGAACGACUUUGAGGAGCCCAACUGAGGGGGGUGUGGGUGGGAGUGAGAACUGGAUGGUUCCCCUAGCCCAGCGCAGAGCUACACAGAUCCUCGAGUCAGACCGCGCCGAGAACAACUCAAUCCCAAAAAAAUUGCGACAUGCCAAUGUAGUAGCCAAGUAGCUCUGGACCCAAAGGGAAAUUGGGAUUUGCGCUGGACUGCUUUGAAACACCCCUCAACAGGCUGCAGGUUCCUCAAGACUAGGUUGUGUACAGUUUCAUUAUGGAACAUUAAAUAAUUAUUUUUUGAAAUGAUUGCUAUGCAGGUUUAAACUUUUUUAAUGAUAAAAAAAAAAUCCCUAUUAAAACAGAGUUCUUUCUUUAAUCAAAA